CCCAGUCUCUGAAACAAUCUGUGAAUGUCCAGGAAGGAGGUGCGUAAACAACAAAACAAACUUUUGCAUAGGAUUAGGACUGAUCUUCUGAUACUAGCAAGCACCACAGACUUCAAGAAUUGGAUUAACAGACCAAUAAUGCUCAUCAAAGCCUUCAUACCGGGCUUUAGAAAAGUGAAGGAAUCAGAUCAUGCAUUCACCGUGUUUACAGUAGAAGUUUGGAAUUCUGGGCAAAAAAAUAUACUAGAGAAAAGAUAUUCAGAAUUUGAAGAACUUCAUAAGCAGCUGAAAAAAAUUGUAGUUACCCCAGAUUUUCCACCAAAGAAAGUUAUGAAAUGGAAUGCUAAGGUUUUGGAACAGAGGAGAUUAGCAUUGCAAACUUAUUUACAGUCUUUUCUUGAUAGAGAUUCAAUACCUAAGUCACUAUUAAGAUUUUUAGAAGUAAAUAUCUACACAGGUAGUAUGGAAUCUUUAGAUAGAUUAAUUGAUAAUAAUACUGAAACUCAUCAACCUUUAAUUUCCUUCUCAUUUGAUGCUUUCCUAAAUGAAAAUUCUAAAAGUACAUUACCAGAUAUAGUUGUAGAAGGUGUUACAAUGGGUCUUUAUGCACCUUUAGAAAACUUCUUACCUGGAUGAUAUUGGAUGUGACCAAUUGAUUUAUUUGUAAACUUUAUGUGACGAUUGGUUGUUGAUAUGAUAUAUUUAUCAUCUACCUCUCUGUCAUAAACAUAGACUAUUUUAAAUAUACCAAUGAUGUAAAUGGUCCAAUAUACAUAACUGUUUAUAGUCAUUUAAUCAAAUAUAACGGACCUGUAUCUGAUUAUUGUUAUGUCUAUUUAAUUAUGUUGUUUACAGAGUAUUUGUGCAAUAAAAAGAGUGAAUAUGAUUA